AAAUCCCAUCAAUACAAUUUUGACCCUUUUAACCCCAUUUUUAUACAUCUAUAAUUACUUCUAUUGCCGUUUUUUGUUUGUUUGAUUUUGUUUUAAUAUUAUAAAAAGAUAUAUGCAAUAUGACUACCUCUCCAUCCCCAGCACCUCCAACCACCGCCGGUUCAGCACCAGUUUCUCCGGAAAUCGCUAAUGAAGCAACUACCGCUGCUGCUGCUACUACUGCUAAUGCUGCUGCUACCGCUACCGCUGCUACCACUACUAAUAGUGCUCCAGCUAGCUUAACUGAAGAACGUACCACAACCAUCGGUUGGUUCUUUAUUCAAUCCUACUACGAUUUCUUUGUCAACAAACUCGACACCAUUCAUAAGAUCUACCACGCCAAUGCCGUGCUUUCCCAUGAUGCAUACCCAACCACCUCGCAAGACAAAGUCCCAGCAACCACACACACCGCCAGGGGAAUUGAUGCCAUCAAGUCCAGAUUUGCCGUGGAAGAAGAACAGGCCACCACUAACCGUAUCGUGAUCACCUCCGCUACUUUCCAAACUUCCCUCGAUAAGAAUAUCAUCAUUGUUGCCUUUGGGGAAUGGGCCAAGAGUGACCUGGAUGGAUUCCGUCAAUUCACGCAAACUUUUGUGUUGACCCCAGGUAAGAAGGAAAACACUUUCGACGUUGCCAAUGACAUCUUGAAGUUUAUCGACGUCAAUGGCUUUACUGAAUUGAAUAGUGAGGUCAAGAAUAAACCAGCCGGCGAAGUUGAAGAAACCGCCGUGGUUGCCGUGGCCGAAGAAGAAUCCAAGGAAGAACAACAGCCAGAAGAAGAAGAACAAGAAGAGGAAGAAGAAGAGCAAGGAGAGCAAGAAGUCAACACUACUGAAGAAACCGCUGUUGAUUCUGAACCAGUUUCUGAAGUCAAGGAAGAAGAAACCAACGGAGAAGUCAAAGUCCAAGUUGAACCAGAAGAAGAAGAAGAACAACAACAACAACAAUCAGAAGAACCUAAAUCCGAGGCUGAAACUUCUGUUUCCACACCAGUUGCUACUGCUGCCACUCCUUCCAAGCCACUUUCUUGGGCUGAUUUGGCUUCCCAAUCCUCGGCCAAGGCCGCCUCUGCCAAAGCCGCCUCCCCAGCAGCAUCUGCCACUGCUAAGCCAGCCGCACCAGCUGCCACCGGUGUCACUCUCAAGAAACAACCACCUACCAGCGCAUCUCCAACUGGUUCGUCUCCAACCAGCAAUGCUUCAGGAAAAUUCAAGAAGGAAGACUGGUUCCCAAUCUACAUUCGUGGUAUCAAACAGCUUGAAGAAAAAUCAUUAAAGGACCAUUUAAGUCGUGAAUUUGGGGAAUUAAAGUUUUUCAAGGUGAUUCAAAACAUUGCCCUUUGUGAUUUCGUGGCUCAGGAUGCCCAACGUAAGGCAUUGGAAACUAGAGAAACUACCCUCGACGGGGUCACUUUCCAAUUAGAACCAAGAGAACUGAAGACCGGUAAUAAUUAUCAUAAUGGCAAGUACAAGUAUAAGGAUGGUAACAAUCAGGAAAAGAGAAAGUUUGAUAAUAAAAAAGUUAAUGGCGUUAAAAAGAGAGUCUGAAAAGGUUAAUGUAGAGUAUAUAAUAAUAGAUGUGGUGUAAUU